AUGGAUUCGAAUUCUGUUCCCCGGCGAACCGCCAAAGCUUGUGUCAUCUGUCACAAGAAGAAAAUCAAGUGUGAUUUGAUACAAGGUUCCACAAAACCAUGCACAGCUUGCAUACGCGACGGGUAUGAGUGUCGACCACGUCAACGGAAAAGGAAGCGUAUAUACACAUUGGACAGCGAAUCACCACCUCCAAAGACGCGAAAGGAGAGCAGCCACCAGUCGCCUAACAGCUUUGCAUCACACACAGAGAACUCGAUAGUUUCGCCGGGUUCUGUCAGAAAUGCGGUCCAUAUCGCACCUGUAUUACCUCAGGAGAAUGGAUUUGGUACUUCAGUUCCAACAGCACGAUCCAACAAUACUCCAAUAAAGCGAGAUGUAGACCGCACCACGGAUUUAUCUGGAUCUACGGCACCAGAAUCUGCUCAUUCGACUGGAAGACCAAGUUUUAGCUACCAGACAUCAAAGGUUAGCUACUUGGGUAGAUCAGAAUACAUUGGUGAUGAUGUUCCCAUUAAUGACGAAGAGGACGCACCUCCACACUCGACAAGAGGACUGUCCGAGAAGGACAUGGAGAUAUUACAGGUGCGGAAGGUGUUUGACUUGCCUCCAAGAUCUACACGAGAGAAUUUGAUUGAUAGUUUCUGGAAACGAUGUUGGCCAUGGACACCAAUUGUCGAGCGACAAUGGUUGGAAGGUCGGCCUCAAAAUGAAAUUUCGAUCUUGCUCCUACAAAGCAUGAUGCUAGCUGGGAGUAGAGUUUCUUCGUCUUUUGUCGAUACACGGUCUUCAGAAGAAUACUACAAUAAAGCUAAGAUGCUCUUUUGGAUGGGGGUUGAAAAAGACCCCAUGAUCAUGACCGUCGCAUCCGUGGUCCUUAAUUGGUGGAAUCCGGAAAGUCCAGAACAUUAUUCCAUUGAUACAAGUGGAUUCUGGGUAAGAAUAGCUGUUGGGUUAUCAUAUCAACUUGGACUUCAUCGUGACCCCGGAGACAAGCCAGAUGCUGGACUUCGACGUCGUCUAUGGUGGUCACUGGUUACACGAGAUAAUUUGAUCAACGCAGGCCACGGUAGACCACGUUCAGUUGCGUUGAAAACAACGGAUGUACGGUUGCCGACUGUCGAAGACUUUUCUGGCGACUCACAAGCAGCUGAAACUUUUUCUGCCUAUGUGAAUAUUUCUAUGAUCCUAGGCGAUCUUACGCAAUACUUUCUUCAGAAAGGCCGAUUUAGCAGUAAGAAGCAAUCUUUGGGGGACAGGGCCUUUCGAUGGGUGAAAACUUUACCAGAGGCGCUGCAGUUAUGCUAUCCUCAACCCGAGCGACCUCUUCGUCCUUAUAGUUUCGAGGCUCGGCAAUUGCACGUACAGUACUUCGUCGUGCUGACCAUACUAAAUAAGUCAACGCCACCAGCAAACAGUCCGUCGACUGCAUCUCUGCUAGCAUCAUCUUUCAUCGCGGGCAUUUUUCAAGAUUUCCUCGCUCGAGACGAGCUCCGUUACCUUGGACCGAUCUUCACUUUCUAUCUGCUUACAGCUGGAGUCACAUUGCUUUCUAGCUACAGGUAUGCAGGACUCUGGCACGUAGCGGAAAGAGACCUCGAGGUCAUUUUCAAAUCACAAGAAGAAUUAGGAAAAAGAUGGCCAACUGCAAUAGGUUCUCUAAAGCGUCUUAACGAUGUAAGAUCUCGGGUUUUAAAGUGUCAAAGAUUGUCAUACUUUCCGGAAAACAACAUGACGAUUGAACAAGCGCAAUUUUUUGAUGGAUUUGGUCCAGAUCUUUGUCGAGGCUGGAAUAUGUUGUAUCCUGGGGCGAGCUCGCAGCAGGCGACCCGAGACUUGAUGACUGCAGGCAUCUUAACAGAAUUGUACACGGAGACUGCUCAUGAAAGUACGGAAACCAAUGGUGUUGAUGACAUCUCCUUUGAUACGCAACUGUUGGACACUCAGUGGUCAUUAGACCCGUACAGAGGAGUUGGUAAUUGGUUGUUUAAUGAUUGGCAAGGACCUUCUUCAUUCUGGUGA